AGCACGAUUGCGCUUAUAUUAUUAAUUUCGAGCAUUGUUUGCACAACCGGUGUACUAUUGCGAAGUGACUAUGAAAAUGGCACGAUGAAAUAUAAUUAUUCACCCGCACUGCCGCGCGCUCGUUUCACUGUUUUCGGUGAAUUGACAAUUAUUUUCCUUGCCUUGUGACAUCCAGAGCCUUUAAAGGGCUCCUUGAACAUCAAUAGCAAUGCUCGCCAUUAUUUCCAGUGCUUGGAAUUCGUUUGAGGGACUGAUAGGUGACUACAUAGACAUUGAUGUUACACUAUGGCUGUUAAUGCCUUUAUUGAUAACCUUUUUGCUUCCACUGGUGAUUGUUAUACUCUUGUACAUCACUGCUUUGAUACUAUAUGUUUACAGACUGCAUAGGCAUCGAUUGAGAAAUGCUUAUGGAACUGACUGGAGAAAUGCAUCCCGCAGUGUAGUUGCUGCCGUUUGGGACGCACACGGAUGGAUAUGGCACGGUUACGAAGUAGUUGGCAUUGAAAACAUUCCAACCAAUGAUCCAGUACUGUUUGUUUAUUACCAUGGAGCAAUUCCUGUAGAUAUUUAUUACUUCAUAUCCAAAGUGUUUUUAUUCAAUUCAAAACUAAUACAUACAGUUGCUGACAAAUUUUUAUUCAAAUGUCCUGGUUGGCCUAUUAUUUCUGACGUUUUAAAAGUCAUACCAGGAACAAUUCAAACAUGUUCAGCACUUUUGAAGGAGGGCAAUAUGCUUGCAAUUUCACCUGGUGGUGUCUACGAAGCUCAAUUUGGAGAUACCUACUAUCAUACCAUGUGGAAAAAAAGACUUGGAUUUGCAAAAGUGGCUUUGGAUUCCAAAGUAGCUAUAAUUCCAAUAUUCACAAAAAAUAUUAGAGAAGCAUUUAGAACAAUAAGCUGGGGGAGACGGUUUUGGUUAAGGUUGUAUGCUGCAACUAGGUUCCCUUUUGUUCCGAUUUACGGAGGUUUUCCAGUUAAAUUGAAAACUUUCAUUGGUAAACCCAUACCGUACGAUGGAAGUCUUACUCCUGAACAAUUACAAUUAAAGGUAGCUACAGCUCUUCAUGAUUUAAUAAGUCAACAUCAAAAAAUACCGGGAAGUAUAUUACGUGCGUUAUUAGAACGAUUUUAUGAUUAUGAUAAGAAACCUUAUGUUUCCGAAGAUACUGCGGUAAAACUGAGAAUAGAAUAAAUCGUUAUUUUACGUGCUGAAAAGGUGUGGAAGGUUAGUCUUUUUCAAGUUUGAGAAAAUUUUUAUUUCUUUGGUGACUUGUUUUUACAGCUCAUGAUUAAAAUACUUAAUACAUUAAUCGGUAAGUAGUGUGUUUCAAGCAUUUUAUUAGAAAAUUUUUAUUAUUUUUUGUAAAUUUAUUUAUUAUAAGCUUGCGUUCGGUCAUCGACGGUUGGGUAGUCGAUAUUUAGCGGUGAAGAAAUGAGUUUUAUAUUUCAUUUUUGUGGGCAAAGGUAGUGCAAUAGUUCCUCAUUAAAAAUUAUUAUAAAAAUUCUUAAAGUAUUAUGGAGAAGGUGCGUGAGAGCGACACUGACAAAUUUGAGUCACAAGCAUACAUAAUUUUCACUAGUGGUUGAAAUCACUUCAAAUAUACUACAGUUAUAAAUGUCGUACUUUUGAAGCAAAUAUGUUGAUUGUUAUUUCAAAACUCGAAUCUCAGAAAGCUGAAAUGUUUUAAUAAGUCAAAUCAAAACAAGUAUAGUUUUCUGCAACCAUGUAUGUGUAAUACUAAUUAUCAAUGUAGCCAUAUGACAUUUUGCAAAAUCUUCAUGUCAAAAAUUAUCCACGGACAGAAGUAAAUGUGAUAUUAAAAAAAAAUUUUAACUUUCUAACAUUCCGCUUCAUGUUACAACAUGUCAAUAAUACUACGUAUUACAAACAGCUUUUUUAUUGUCUUUCCACGGAUGUAAUUAUUCAAAUGUCAUUAUUAAUACAUAACUACCCAUCAUGUAUGAUAAUCAAUUUUGUAAGAAGCCGUUAUUAAUUAAUGAACUACCCGCUAAUGGCUUGAGUAAAGAAAGAAUUUUUCCAUGCAACUAUUAUAGUCAAGUAUUGUCAAAUAUUUACGUAGUAACAUUUGAAUACUUGAAAAAAAAUUACAUUAAAUACUCAUGAUAAAUGUAUCAUGAAUGGUUUGAUAAACGAUAAAAAAAACUGUAAAGUACUUAAAUACAUACAUUAUGUGUAAGUAUGUGUGCGCCAUAUGUAUCUCAUUAUGUAUGUACAGAUACGGAUUGUUUUGUACUAAUUUAACAUGUAUUUAUUGUUUUUAUACGUGAAACGUUCAGGAAAAAAAUCAAAUAAAG